AUGCAGUACCUUCACACUGUCAAUGGAUACCAAAAUACCGGAAAUGCACCGCCGGCCGGCAAGCUGUUCCAUGCCACUGACCUGGGGCGAGCACCGCUGGACCUCUACCAAGAGUCUCACGAUGUCAAACUACCCGAGAGGUCUAGAACCAUGGUUGUCUUUCUGGCCAUCGCAAGCUCGCCCGGGGUGCAACAGCUCGAGUCAUUGGCUUCGUCUAUCCGCCUGAUGGACAAGCGCUACCUUCCGAAGGGAGAGUCUCAGUGGACUUGCCGGGUUUGGGUCAAGGAUUUCCUCGUCGCCUUGCACAGGAACCAUCUCAUUCGCCUGCCGGAAAGCAUUGAUUUCAUUGAGCGAAUGUGUCAGGAUGUGGCCAAUGAGAACUUACAUUGCAAGGGCAGGGCGAGAGUUUUCAAUGACAGGAGCUGGAUGGUCGUCCAGCCCUCGAGUAAGACAACACCGAUGGACGUUGAUCCUACCGGGAGGGUUGAUCGCUACUAUGGCCCUUCGCCCAUGGUCAUUGACUCCACGCAAAAGCGCUACUAUGGUUCCAAGCCCAUGGUUACUAGCUGA